AUGCGUAAAUUUAUCACCGUCCUCGUGUUGCCGCUUGCAUUGGCAACGGUGCCCCCCGAGCUUUUCUCGCCUCUGGUCGCCCAGAAGGUUCUCGCAACUGCCAAAACGCCUCCUAGCCCUAUCCAAUUUCCCCAGUACACCGACGCUACCGCAGGCAACUGGCUGUUGUUCAACCCAGAUACAUGGACCACUGGUUUCUUUCCCGCCACACUGUAUGAGAUGAAUCGACGCCAGAAGCUGUGUGGAGCCAAGCACGGUGUGGGUGACGUAGAUUGGUUGAAGCUUGGCCGGACUUGGAGUACGGGAGAGAUUCCAUUGGAAACGAAGACUGGUGUUGGUCAUGAUGUGGGGUUCUUGAGCUUCCCUUUUGUCGAAGAACUGAAAAUAAAUCCUGGCAAUGGGACCGCUAUCACAGCCGUUAAAGCCUUUGCGACGGCCCUUGCUAAACGCUUCAACGCGAAGGUUGGGUGUACCCGGAGCUGGGACUCACCUGAUCCUAACUUCCAGGUUAUUAUUGACAAUAUGAUGAACCUUGAGGUGCUCUUUGUUGCGGAAGAAAUCACCGGUAAUCACACUCUUCGCGACAUCGCUAUCAAGCAUGCCGAUACUACUAUCGCAAACCACAUCAGACCCGAUGGUGGUACCUGGCAUGUCAUCGAAUACGAUUCCAACACUGGGUUGGUCACGAAGAAACGAACGGCCCAAGGAUUCUCUGAUGACAGUACUUGGAGCCGUGGCCAGGCCUGGGGUAUAUACGGCUAUGCUAACAUGCAUUUGCGCACAAACUUUCCUAGAUACCUCGAGACAGCGAGGCGGCUGGCAACCUAUUUCGUUUCUAACAUUCCUUCUGACGGCAUUGUACCAUGGGAUUUCAACGCGCCUACGAUCCCUGCCCCCCGUCCUGCCGACUCAUCCGCCGCAACUCUUGCUGUCAAUGCACUUCUCUUAUUAUCGCAGCGUGAAUUGACAGUAGGAAAUUCCACGGGUGCCCAAUUCUGGCGAGAUCACGCAUUCUCUAUCCUCCGUGACAUCACUAACCUAGCUUGGCGCCCGGAGUGGAAGAGCUUGCUUUCAAAUGGAACCGUGAAUUUGCCGGCGAAUAAUAAAUUGACUGGAAUCGUCUAUGGGGACUAUUAUUUCAUUCGGGCUGGUAAUGAACUCAAGGAGCUGGGGCUCACUUUUUGCUAA